UCGAAAUGCAAAUGACUAUGCAGACAAUGUCCUAUUUUGUCAUUUUGACGACGACGUUUUAUUUUCAAUACCACAUGUUGUUAUGCUUCAUUUACACUGGUUAUGCCGUUAGUUGGAAAUGUUUACUUACUACUUACAUAUGGUGUAUCACCGACACAAUAAGACUCGUAUUAUUAAACUAUAUCUGCGAAAGCGUUAGCGCCAAAGCGCAGAAAACUAAGAGCAUUAUUCUUAAAUUGACAAAUCUUAUCUGUUUUGCAAACGCACGUGAAGAGAUUUGCCAGUUUAUUUUGCAACUAUUACUUCGGCCAUUAAAAUUCACUGGAAUGGGUCUAUUUUACUUUGGUUACAAAUUUCUUUGUAAGUUUUUUGUUUCGAUUUUCUCUGUUAUUGUUAUUGUAAUUCAAAUGGAUACUUCUGUAUCUCAAAUAGUUUCGAGCAGAAAUAAUGUGACAUGUAAACUUUCAGAACAGAAAAGAAAUGCAGAUUGA